UCGGACUGUUUUUGCUGCAGUGCACGGUAGCCGUGGAGAGGAGGGAAAGGCAAGAAAAACAAGCAAGAAGCCAGCCGAGGGAAGCGCGAGAGCAAAGACAGAGCCAUUCGUGUGGACCUUAGCGCGAGCAGCAACGAGUCAAAACCACAGCCAUCGGGCUUCACGAGAGGAACAUCUCGGUUUGUAUGUAGAGCUUUAGUGAUCUUCAAGAUUUGCAAAGUUUCAUCUUAACAGACUACAAAACAGACGGCCGCGAGCACGCGUGCAAAUGAACAUGGCGUUCCUGUCUAUCCUGGUGUCUACGCUCAUUGCCCUCCUGAUCUUUGCAUCAUCUGCCGAGAGCAACACUAUGUACGAUGAUGAAGAUCCCUUCCAGCCUGUGACGUCAGACGAGACGGUGGCAGUGGGUGGGACUGUGACCCUCACCUGCCGCGUGGCUGAGAGUGACAACUCCUCCCUCCAGUGGUCAAACACAGCACAGCAGACCCUGUAUUUUGGAGAGAAGAGAGCUCUGAGAGAUAACCGUAUUCAGCUGUAUAAGUCAACACCCACUGAGCUGUCAAUCACCAUCUCUGAAGUGCAGCUCUCAGAUGACGGCGAGUACACCUGUUCCAUCUUCACCAUGCCUGUACGGACCGCAAGAGCCACCGUCACUGUUCUAGGUGUUCCUGGGAAGCCUGUCAUUACGGGUUAUGAGGACGCGGUCCAGGAGGGCAGCAGUGUGACUCUCACCUGUAGCAGCUCAGGCAGCAAACCCCCUGCCCAGCUGUACUGGUACAGAGGACCGGACAGAAUGGAGGGCCGUCCAAACGUGGUGGAGUCGAACCCUAAUGAACCGACCUACACAGUGACAAGUGUACUCACACUGCCCGUAACCAGGGACGACAACAACGCCAUGAUCACCUGUGCAGUGGACCAUCCGUCCAUCAGCACUGGAGAGAAGAGGGCAGACCAACCUCUCAGUGUGCUGUUCUCUCCAAGUGUGUCGAUUAAGCCUGAGAGUGACCUGCCCAGAGAAGGAGAGAAGUUUCAUCUGCAGUGUGUGGGCAAUGGAAACCCUGAACCCAUGUCAUUCAAAUGGUGGAAGAAGGAUGGUGAGCUCCCCCCACUGGUGAAGGAAGAUGGUGCGGUCCUGCGCUUUGAGGUCCUCAACAAAUCUGAUAAUGGCGUGUACCUGUGCCAAGCAGACAACGGUGUGGGCGCGGGCGAUGGCGCCUACACCCUGCUGGUCCAAGGAGACGUUGCAGACAGCACUGAAGACCCCACAGCGAUGUCCACCUCAUCAGGUGUUGACCACGCUGUAAUCGGUGGUGUGGUUGCCGUUAUUGUCUUCAUCAUGCUCUGCCUCCUUAUCAUCCUUGGCAGAUACCUCAUCAGACACAAAGGUACAUACCUGACCCAUGAAGCUAAAGGAUCCGAUGACGCACCUGACGCAGAUACAGCCAUCAUCAACGCGGAGGGAGGCCAGUCCGGCGCAGACGACAAGAAGGAGUACUUCAUCUAGAGCGCUCCAUCACUCCAUCCUUUCCUUCUCCGCUCGCUUCAGUUCCUUUCAGUUGGAGGAAACAGAAAAGGAGGAUGACGAUGAGGAAGAAGGACAAGUGAAAGAUUUAAACAAAAAGAGAAAGUGGAACUGCGGAAAGAGAAACAGUUUCAGUCUGAGUUGGACCAGGACAGCAGUUUUGCACUCACAAAAGGGUUCAUUUUUACGCAUAAAACACACACACCCACGUAUGCCUACACACACACACACCCACACACACCCACGCAUGCCUACACACACACAC